CGCAGCUGGCGGACCCGUGGCAGAAGAUGGCUGUGGAGAGCCCUUCCGACAGCGCUGAGGAUUAUAUCUUUAUCCUUGAAAUUUAAAAACAUUUGCCAGGACAUGUCUUGGUGUUGAUGAUCUCUGUUGAACCUUCUCAGUCUGCAGUCUCAGGAUAAAUGAGGAGCUGAUUCUUAAUCCUGUCACAUUGGAAUUUAGGUUUCCAAUUUGGAGUUCUUUUUGGAAAAAAUAAUUAUGAAUGGACAGCAAAUUAUGGAUGAACCUAUGGGAGAGGAGGAGAUUAAUCCACAAACUGAAGAAGGCAGUAUCAAAGAGAUUGCAAUCACACAUCAUGUGAAGGAAGGACAUGAAAAGGCAGAUCCUUCCCAGUUUGAGCUUUUGAAAGUAUUAGGGCAGGGAUCAUUUGGAAAGGUUUUCUUAGUUAAAAAAAUCUCAGGCUCUGAUGCUAGACAGCUUUAUGCCAUGAAGGUAUUAAAGAAGGCCACACUGAAAGUUCGAGACCGUGUUCGGACAAAAAUGGAGCGUGAUAUCUUGGUAGAAGUCAAUCAUCCUUUCAUUGUCAAAUUGCAUUAUGCUUUUCAAACUGAAGGGAAGUUGUAUCUUAUUUUGGAUUUUCUCAGGGGAGGAGAUUUGUUUACACGCUUAUCCAAAGAGGUGAUGUUCACAGAAGAGGAUGUCAAAUUCUACUUGGCUGAACUUGCACUUGCUUUAGACCAUCUGCAUAGCCUGGGAAUAAUCUAUAGAGACUUAAAACCAGAAAACAUACUUCUUGAUGAAGAAGGUCACAUCAAGUUAACUGAUUUUGGCCUAAGUAAGGAAUCUAUUGACCAUGAGAAGAAGGCUUAUUCUUUUUGUGGAACUGUGGAAUACAUGGCUCCAGAAGUAGUCAAUCGUAGAGGUCAUACUCAGAGUGCUGACUGGUGGUCUUUCGGGGUGUUGAUGUUUGAAAUGCUCACUGGUACACUACCUUUCCAAGGAAAAGAUCGUAAAGAAACAAUGACUAUGAUUCUUAAAGCCAAGCUUGGGAUGCCACAGUUUCUGAGUCCUGAAGCCCAGAGUCUUUUACGAAUGCUUUUCAAACGGAAUCCUGCAAACAGAUUAGGUGCUGGACCAGAUGGAGUUGAAGAAAUUAAAAGACAUUCAUUUUUCUCAACAAUAGACUGGAAUAAACUUUAUAGAAGAGAAAUUCACCCACCUUUUAAGCCUGCAACUGGCAGGCCUGAAGAUACAUUUUAUUUUGAUCCUGAGUUUACUGCAAAAACUCCCAAAGAUUCACCUGGCAUUCCACCUAGUGCUAAUGCACACCAGCUUUUUCGGGGGUUUAGUUUUGUUGCUAUUACCUCAGAUGAUGAAAGCCAAGCUAUGCAGACAGUUGGUGUGCAUUCAAUUGUUCAGCAAUUACACAGGAACAGUAUUCAAUUUACUGAUGGAUAUGAAGUAAAAGAGGAUAUUGGCGUUGGCUCAUACUCCGUUUGUAAGAGAUGUAUACAUAAAGCCACAAACAUGGAGUUUGCGGUGAAGAUUAUUGAUAAAAGCAAGAGAGAUCCAACAGAAGAGAUUGAAAUUCUUCUUCGUUAUGGACAGCAUCCAAACAUCAUUACUCUAAAGGAUGUAUAUGAUGAUGGAAAAUAUGUCUAUGUAGUAACAGAACUUAUGAAAGGAGGCGAAUUGCUGGAUAAAAUUCUUAGACAGAAGUUUUUCUCAGAGCGAGAGGCCAGUGCUGUCCUGUUUACUAUAACCAAAACUGUUGAGUAUCUUCAUGCACAAGGGGUGGUUCACAGAGACUUGAAGCCUAGCAACAUUCUUUAUGUGGAUGAAUCUGGUAAUCCAGAAUCUAUUCGAAUUUGUGAUUUUGGCUUUGCAAAACAGCUGAGAGCGGAAAAUGGUCUUCUCAUGACUCCUUGUUAUACUGCAAAUUUUGUUGCACCAGAGGUUUUGAAACGACAAGGUUAUGAUGCUGCCUGUGAUAUAUGGAGUCUUGGUGUCCUCCUUUAUACAAUGCUUACUGGUUACACUCCAUUUGCAAAUGGUCCUGAUGAUACUCCAGAGGAAAUAUUGGCACGGAUAGGUAGCGGAAAAUUCUCACUCAGUGGUGGUUACUGGAAUUCUGUUUCAGAUACAGCAAAGGACCUGGUAUCAAAGAUGCUUCAUGUAGAUCCUCAUCAGAGACUGACUGCUGCUCUUGUGCUCAGACAUCCUUGGAUUGUCCAUUGGGACCAAUUGCCACAAUACCAACUAAACAGACAGGAUGCACCACAUCUCGUAAAGGGUGCCAUGGCAGCUACAUACUCUGCUUUAAAUCGCAAUCAGUCACCAGUUUUGGAACCAGUAGGCCGCUCUACUCUUGCUCAGCGGAGGGGUAUUAAAAAAAUCACCUCAACAGCCCUGUGAAGUGACCUCAGUGAGAUAUGUGGUACCAUGAUGUAAGCUGAUAGCACAAGUUCUGGCGACAGGUAGCACAUACCUGAGAGACACCUGCAAGCACACACUGUCCCAGCUGGUACCCAUAAUGCUGCUGUUCCUGCUGUUCCUGCUUUCGUCUCUUCUCGCUUUAAUUGAUUCUUAACAAGUUAGAUUUUCCUGGAGCUUUGAAAUGAAAAUGGAAACAUGAUGAAGAUAUAAUCACUGAAUCAACAAGAAAAAUAAUGAACACAUGAAUACCACCUAAAAUACACUGAAUAAAAGUACUCUACACCAUAUAGCAUUAUUUUUAUAGGAAAUAUUUCAUGUCCCCUAAAUAUUCUUUUGUUAGUUAUAGGGAUGGACAGUUUAUGUUAAGCACUUAGCUUAAACAAUCCGUUUAUAUUAGCACUGUAUCCCUUGUGCCAUCCAACAUUUUGUAUGUUUUUGUAAACAGUUCAUAUACAGUACAUUUCUGUACUGAUUUCUUUAAUGUAUACAUGCCUUGUUUAACUUGGAGUCUAUUAAUCAAUUGACUAUUAAAUCUGGAUAAAUAGUUCACCUGGAUUAACAGUAUUGUUAGGAAACCUUAAGAUGGCCAGACUGAUUGAACAGCUGUUGAAUGUAAUUCUUUCAAAUUGUACAUAUCCUCCUCCAUCUGUUUCACUGCUUUGUUCAUUUGUUUCUUCAAGUCAGGUGCUCUGUUAGACUAACCUAAAGAGCUGUUAAUGGUAGAGAAAGUUGUUGUGUGUGUGGCAUGAAAUCAAGAAUACACCUAUGAAGUUAAUCCAUAUACUUUGUGAUUUCUUAGGAUUUCCUUUCCUUAUUUAAGGAAGUAAUCCUUGAAAUUUUAACCUUACAUAGUGCUCAUACUUAGUAUUUGGCAUAUCGUUUGAAAUCUUGCCAACAUACAUCAAAGGCCUUUAAAAGAAUCAUAUUAAAGAAAUUGGAAAAGGAAAAUUUAGCAAUUGGUAAUUAAAGCCUUACUGAAUAUUUCAUGUUUAAAUAGGUAUUCUAUAUUAAACACUAAUUUGAAUGUAAUAAAGGCCACAGGCCUCCAUAUGAAA